AGCACCCAAUUGUGAUUGGAUUUCACAUGAAUCAACGUCAACUUGGGCUAAUUUCUUAUCCUGAAUCAUGAAAAACAAUCCGAAUGAACGAGAAAGCAACUGGAUGUGGGAUCGAUGCAUGAAAAAUCCACCAAUUUUCCCUUGGAGUUACCACAGGGUAAUUGUCUGUUCUCUUGCCCUGUUUUGUGUUGUGAACGUUGUCUACUGGGUUAGCUUCUUGAAUUCUUCAGAUUCAUCGGACCAGAAGUACUCGGCCGUCAACACCUUUCGCAGCUCCGUCUUGUUGGGGUACUUUUCCCCCAAGGUCUCCGCCCCUGUUCUCCCUCAAACCCCCCAAAAAGUUCCGGAAAAAACCUCUCUCCGCUACAUAGUCUUCGGCAUUGCAUCCUCGUCCAAGCUCUGGAACCACAGAAAACAGUAUCUCAAGCUCUGGUGGAGGCCUAAUCAGAUGCGCGGCGCGGUAUGGUUAGACAAACCCGUCGCCAACGGCUCCGAUGAUCACCUUUUACCUCCAAUUAAAAUCUCAAGUAACACCUUCCAAUUCAACUACGAGUACCCCGGCGGCCACCGCUCUGCUCUCCGAAUAUCGAGGAUUGUGUCGGAGACUUUACGGCUGGGAUUCAAACACGUGCGGUGGUUGGUGAUGGGUGACGACGAUACAUUCUUCGUGCCUGAUAACUUAGUCAGCGUUCUGUCAAAGUACGAUCACACCCAAUACUACUACAUCGGAAGUUCGUCGGAGAGUCAUACACAGAACAUCAAUUUCUCGUACAUCAUGGCCUACGGCGGUGGCGGGUUUGCCAUAAGUUACCCGUUAGCAAAAGCUCUGGCGAAAAUGCAAGACAGGUGCAUACAGAGACACUCAGCUCUAUACGGAUCAGAUGACCGGAUUCAGGCAUGUAUGUCGGAGCUCGGAGUUCCCCUCACCAAGGAACCAGGAUUUCAUCAGUUUGAUGUGUACGGCAAUAUAUUUGGGCUUCUGACGGCGCACCCAAUUGCACCUUUAGUAUCUCUCCACCAUUUGGAUAUAGUGGAGCCCAUUUUCCCUCAGCUGGAUCGAAUACGGGCCCUGCAGCUGCUAACCAAGCCCAUGAACCUCGACCCGGCGGGUCUGAUGCAACAAACCGUGUGCUACGACAAGACCCGGAACUGGACGGUGUCGGUGUCCUGGGGCUACGCCGUCCAGCUCAUCGGUAGCAUAGUUUCUGUCCGGGAAAUGGAAAUUCCGACCAGAACUUUUCUACACUGGUACAGAAAAAACGACAAGUUGGGGUACUCAUUCAAUACACGUCCAGUCAGCCGUCAUGUCUGUGACAAACCGUCCGUCUACUAUAUCUCUAAUGUGUUCUUCGACACGAAGAUGAACAAGACGGCCAGUGAGUAUGUCGGGAGUCAGUUUCCAAACCCAGAUUGUAAACGGAACAUUCCGGUUCCUUCUCUGAUUAAAAGAGUGGAGGUUUACAAGAGACCCGACCCGCAUGUGUGGGAGAGGGCUCCACGGCGGAAUUGUUGCAGGGUGUUGCCGACGGAGAAGCAAGACACCAUUGUAGUUGAUGUGGGAGCAUGCAAGGAAGAUGAAAUCAUUGAAUUGCGGUGACAAUAAGGGAUUCUUCUUUUCCUUUUUCCUUUUUAAUUUCACCAAAUUCUACUAGUAAUACGCGUUCUGAACUGAUAAUUAUCAUUAUUACAACAUUAAAAUUGUUUCUUUUUU